AUGCCAGCUCGUGCACGGAAGGACGGGAGAAAACCCGAGGUGGUGCCGCUGCUGCUCAACGCUGAGGCCGCCGCCCCCCGCCCCGCCUCCCCAGCCCACAAGCCCGGCAGGAACUCCUAUCCCGGCCCUUUGAAGAAGAAAAACAGGUCUAGGGAGCUGGCAGGUCCAAGGCGCUCCUGCCUGUGCGUCACAGGAGCCCCCCUGGCCAGUGGCUUAAACAAGCGGAGCUCAUUUCUCCCCACCCUGGAGGCCGGGCCCACAGCCGCGGUGGAGGCAGACCCCGCGUCUGGUCCGUACCUGGCCGCCUCGCCGUACGCCCAUGUGGUCACUUCCAAAAAUAUAUCUACUCGAAGUGACAAGGCUCUCAACUUUGGGAUUUCAGAGCAGCAGUGUAACGAGAAAAUAGCCCAGAUUCACGGCGUUUGGAGAAACCCAACGUGCAUACACCUGGGACAGGGCUGGCUUGUUUGUCACCGAGUGUGGGGCCUGCUGACGCUCACGCGGGAAUGGUGGGGCCCAGGCCCCAAAGAGCUCCUGGGCCUGCAAUGCCCUCUGGUGGCUCUGGUGAUGCCGGCCGGCCGGCCCAGAGCUGAGUCUGUGCCCAGCAGGUCUGAGCCCUCCCUCCGCCUGGUGACCUCGGCCCGAGACUUGGGGACGGGCAGACAAGGACGGAUGGUGGGCACUGGGGCAGGACGGCCGCUGGCCUCGUCCGAGCCCCCGGGGCCCCCCCGUGAGUCCCGGGACGGCCACUGGCCUCAUCCGAGCCCCCCGGGGACCCCCCUGCGAAGCCUCUGCUCCUGCUUCCUGACCUGA